AUGUCGCGGAGGAAGCAGGCGAAGCCUCAGCAUUUCCAAUCCGACCCCGAUCUGGCCUUGUUAUCCCAGCGAAAUGGAGACACAGAAAAGGGUCAAGCAAAUCGAACCACUAAGAACAAGGACGCCCAUGUCUGUGGCAGGUGCUGUGCUGAGUUCUUUGAAUUAUCAGAUCUCCUGCAACACAAGAAGAACUGUACUAAAAAUCAAUUAGUUUUAAUUGUGAAUGAAAAUCCAGCUUCUCCUUCUGAAACCUUCCCUCCUAGUUCCCCUUCUGAUAAUCCUGAUGAACAGAUGAAUGACACAGUUAAUAACACAGAUCAAGUAGACUGCAGUGACCUUUCAGAGCAUAACAAAAUUGACAAGGAAGAAUCCAUGGAUGUGGAGGCUUCCAGCAUUAACAAUAGCAGUAGCAGUUCCAAGAGUGUCAACAAUAGUAUUACAAGCAGUAACAGCUCCACAAUGGGUACCUCAGCUGUAACAACCUCUCUACCUCACAUAGGGGAUCUGACAACAUUAGGCAACUUUUCAGUGAUAAAUAGCAAUGUAAUAAUUGAAAACCUUCAAAGUACGAAAGUGGCAGUAGCACAGUUCUCACAGGAAGCGAGAUGUAACGGCGCAUCGAACAAUAAGCUUGCUGUACCUGCUCUAAUGGAGCAACUGUUGGCUCUACAGCAGCAGCAGAUCCACCAGUUGCAAUUGAUUGAACAAAUUCGCCACCAAAUAUUAUUGUUGGCUUCCCAAAAUACAGACAUGCCAACAUCUUCUAGCCCUUCUCAAGGUACUUUACGAACAUCUGCCAACCCCUUGUCCACAUUAAGUUCCCAUUUAUCCCAGCAGCUGGCUGCAGCAGCUGGAUUAGCACAAAGCCUUGCUAGUCAAUCUGCCAGCAUCAGUGGUGUGAAACAGCUACCACCUAUACAGCUACCUCAGAGCAACCCUGGCAACACUAUAAUUCCAUCCAGUAGUGGCUCUUCUCCAAAUAUUAACAUAUUGGCAGCAGCAGUUACAACACCGUCCUCAGAAAAAGUGGCUUCAAGUAUUGGUGGCUCACAGCUCAGCAACCCACCAGUAUCAGCAUCAUCUUCACCAGCUUUUGCAAUAAGCAGUUUAUUAAGUCCUGCAUCUAAUCCACUUCUACCUCAGCCCACACCCAAUAACUCUGUUUUCUCCAAUCCCUUGUCCAAUAUUGGAACACCUGCAGAGGAUUUAAACUCCUUGACUGCCUUGGCACAGCAAAGAAAGAGCAAGCCACCAAAUGUAACUGCCUUUGAAGCAAAAAGUAAUUCAGAUGAGGCGUUCUUUAAGCAUAAAUGCAGGUUCUGUGCUAAAGUGUUUGGGAGUGACAGUGCCUUGCAGAUUCAUUUACGUUCUCACACUGGCGAGAGGCCAUUUAAAUGCAACAUAUGUGGAAACAGGUUCUCCACAAAGGGAAACUUAAAAGUCCACUUUCAACGUCAUAAAGAAAAGUACCCUCAUAUUCAAAUGAAUCCCUACCCGGUGCCAGAGCACUUGGACAAUAUUCCUACGAGCACAGGUAUUCCUUAUGGGAUGUCUAUACCACCAGAGAAACCUGUCACAAGCUGGCUGGACAGCAAGCCAGUCCUUUCCACUCUAACGACGUCUGUUGGCCUGCCGCUCCCACCCACGAUUCCAAGCUUGACCCCAUUCAUCAAAACUGAGGAGCCUCAACCUAUUCCCAUUAGCCAACCUUCAGCUAGCCCUCCGUGCUCAGUCAAGAGUGACUCGGGAACAGCUGAUCCCACAUCAAAAAUUACCAAUGGACUUUCUGAUGAGGUAGAGGCUGGUGUUUUGCCUACCUCAAAUGGCAAAAUGGAAGAAAAUCCUCAAAACACAAACUCCAUCGCUAGCAUGAGCAGCUCUGUGAGCUCACCGGCAGCAGACUCGGGCUCCAGCAGCAUUGUUGCUUUUACAAAUCCACUGAUGCCGCUAAUGUCAGAGCAAUUUAAGGCAAAGUUUCCAUUUGGAGGAUUAUUGGAUUCAACGCCAGCAUCUGAAACAUCAAAAUUGCAGCAACUGGUAGAAAACAUUGACAAAAAGGCAACUGAUCCUAAUGAGUGUAUCAUUUGCCAUCGAGUCCUCAGUUGCCAGAGCGCACUGAAAAUGCAUUAUCGCACGCACACCGGUGAAAGACCAUUUAAAUGUAAAAUCUGUGGUCGUGCUUUCACUACUAAAGGCAACUUAAAGACUCAUUAUAGUGUCCACCGUGCCAUGCCCCCGCUGAGAGUACAACACUCAUGCCCGAUCUGCCAGAAAAAAUUCACCAAUGCUGUUGUGCUUCAGCAGCAUAUCCGAAUGCACAUGGGAGGGCAGAUACCCAACACCCCAGUCACGGAAAACUAUCCAGAGUCAAUGGAAUCAGAUACAGGAUCUUUUGAUGAAAAGAAUUUUGAUGAUAUAGACAACUUCUCAGAUGAGAACAUGGAAGACUGUCCUGACAGCAGUGUGCCAGAUACUCCUAAAUCUGCAGAUGCUUCACAAGACAGUUUGUCGUCUUCUCCGCUACCCCUGGAAAUGUCAAGUAUUGCUGCUUUGGAAAAUCAGAUGAAGAUGAUCAAUGCAGGACUUGCUGAACAACUUCAGGCAAGCUUGAAGUCAGUUGAAAAUGGGUCAGUGGAAGGGGACGUUUUGACUAACGAUUCUUCGUCUGUUGGUGGUGAUAUGGAGAGCCAAAGUGCUGGAAGUCCUGCUGUCUCAGAGUCUACCUCUUCCAUGCAGGCCUUGUCCCCAUCUAACAGCACUAAUGAUUACCACAAGUCACCAGGUAUCGAAGAGAAACAAGUAAGAGCUUUACCAAGUGAGUUUGCCAACGGUUUGUCUCCAACCCCUGCUAACAGUGGUGCUUUGGACUUGACGUCUAGUAACACUGAUAAAAUGAUUAAAGAAGAGUCUUUGAGUAUGCUCUUUCCUUUCAGAGAUAGAGGUAAAUUUAAAAACACCGCAUGUGACAUUUGUGGCAAAACAUUUGCUUGUCAGAGUGCCUUGGACAUUCAUUACAGAAGUCAUACCAAAGAGAGACCAUUUAUUUGCACAGUUUGCAAUCGUGGCUUUUCCACAAAGGGUAAUUUGAAGCAGCAUAUGUUGACACAUCAAAUGCGAGAUCUACCAUCACAACUUUUUGAGCCCAGUUCCAGUAUUGGUCCUAAUCAGAACUCUUCGGUUAUGCCUGCUAGUUCACUGUCAUCACUCGUAAAGACGGAGGUUAAUGGCUUUGUGCAUGGCUCUCCUCAGGAUAGCAAAGAAACACCCUCCAGUCUGGUUGCUUCGGGGUCACUGCCCUCCUCCGCCACAUCACCUGUCCUGCUCCCCGCUCUCCCCCGAAGAACCCCCAAACAGCACUACUGCAACACGUGUGGGAAAACAUUUUCCUCCUCCAGUGCUCUGCAGAUCCACGAGAGGACACACACUGGUGAGAAACCCUUUGCCUGCACUAUAUGUGGAAGAGCAUUCACAACAAAAGGCAAUCUGAAGGUUCACAUGGGCACUCACAUGUGGAACAGUACUCCUGCGAGACGAGGCAGACGACUUUCUGUAGAUGGCCCCAUGACAUUUCUAGGAGGAAAUCCUGUAAAGUUCCCAGAAAUGUUUCAGAAGGAUUUGGCUGCGCGGUCGGGGAGUGGAGACCCCUCCAGCUUCUGGAACCAGUACGCGGCGGCGCUGUCCAAUGGCUUAGCCAUGAAGACCAAUGAGAUCUCCGUCAUCCAGAACGGGGGCAUCCCGCCAGCGCCAGGGGGGCUGGGCAACGGCGGCAGCUCACCCAUCAGCGGCUUGACGGGAAGCCUGGAGAAGCUCCCAAAUUCAGAACCCAAUGCACCUCUAGCUGGUCUGGAGAAAAUGGCAAGCAGUGAAAAUGGGACAAACUUCCGAUUCACGCGUUUUGUGGAAGACAACAAAGAAAUUGUAACAAAUUAG